AUGAGCAAAUCUUCUUCCCUAACAAGGACUUCCCCUGGUGGACAUCCCGACCUUGGAUCUGACCGAGAACCCAAACCCGAUCCUAGUGUGCAGCAUCAGCUAGAAGAGCGAACAGAGUUGCAAGCUAUCCUAAGUGAUUUCAGACGAGACUUGGGUACAAAUCAUAUCACAGACCGCAAGAUCCGAGCGGUUGACCUUAUGGUUCUUCUGGCAUCUCGCCGUGAGGUGCGUUCUCCUGCCCAAUCGUCAUCCACAUCAACCCUGUUGCAUGGAAGCAAUACGCGGGGGGGCUCUCCCGACAUCAAGCCUGUAAUGCCUAAUGUCAAUGUUAAGGAGAUACCUCUUGUACUCGGUAAUACGCAGUGCAUAUAUUGUGUCGGUCAAGAGCAGCUCCCAUACAAUAGGCGCAUGCGCCCAUUCAAGCGUGUGUCUCAUAUGAUGGACCAUGUGGAAAAAGUGCUUCUCAGGCACGAGCACCAGGAAGGAACGUUUGUUUGCCGCCACCCGCAAUGUGAGCAUUUGGGUGACUUCCUAAUUAGUUUGGAUGCCUUUAAGGACCGCGUGCAUCGAGUACAUGGCGUUAAGCUUCGGGCUAGCAAACCGCAGGAGACUCUUUAG